AUGGUCGACCGCCUACGGCAUGACCCUCUUCAGUAUAUAGAGCUUAAGGUAUACGAUACCGGCGCUCGGAAUGCCGCCAUACCCUUUGAGACCAGGUCGGGUGAGAAGAACCGAACCACUGCCGCCAAGAGCCGCAACCCCAAGGAUUGCUUUGAAUGGUUGAUGUGUGUGCAGCAGUGGGUUGUAUGCAUCACAGUCUUCUCUGGGUGCGAUUUCCUUGCUGGCCAGGAUUAUCUGAGCCGGUUGCUUUGGUUAGCGAGGUCCCGUUCGUUUGAGGCAGCAGUCGAGUAUGAUAAGGGUUACAGGUUAGCCUUGCCACAAGGAGUUACCCGCCUGCGGGACACGGACCCUUCUCUCCAAGUCGACUCUGCCCUCGGUACCUACUUGAGAUCUAAUCAGUCUCACGAGUUGAUAGCCGUGGCCUUGGCUAAGCCGGCU